AUGACGGCCCCACCAGGAAGGCCCCAGCACCCUCCUCACCAGGAAUGGAGCCACAUACAUGGGCCGCUACAAAAAGGAUCAUCGCGUGGGCCGGGAGUGGAAGGUGGGGCGGAGGAACAGGCGCCUCAUCUGCCCAGAUGGCCAGGAGUUCAAGAGCAGGUCUGGAUGGCAGAGGAAAAGAUGCAAGUCGGCGACACUCAGGCUUGA